AUUCAUAAAUUAUAAAUUUUGGUACAGAUUAUUUUUCUUGCAUAACUGACAUAUUACAGGUUUGCUGAACUGACCUAAGAUUUCAUCACCACCUCAAUUGUUUGACAGUAUUGUUCUUACUGAUAUAUAUUUGUGUUUGACCAUUCAAACCUCCCAUUUACUGUUGCUAUGUGUUCCUGGUUUGAGAUGAACAGAACCGGGGGUUUAUUCAUUACUCGCAUACCGUAGCAAAACGUUUUGCAAUGGAAACAGUUUUACAACUAAAAUGUUUUUCUAUUUGACAGGUAGGUCCCUCCCUGUUUUUUUCGGUUUGCUUCUGUUUGGUUCCUAGUGAAUACACCUCAGGCGAAGCAAUGAUUGUCUCUUGCCAUGAAAAAGGGAUAGGGAAACAAGUAAUUUCCUGAAGACAAUCAUUUGGUUUGUCCAGCAGGUGGCGUGUAGCUGUUUCUUUUUCAUACAGUUGCUCAUGCGGUUGUCCCUACCUGUUCAACCUGCCAUGGACUAACACCAAGCCACUCCCCCAACUCCAUCAUUCCUCAGCAGAACUACCUGAUGACACAGCGGAGCCAGUUCCUUGUAAACAAUCAAAGUUUCUAUUAAACAUAGAGGGGGACAGGCGACUUGCAAAGUGUUUAAAACAACCUACUUGUGCGGCUCCUUUUCCUCUUUUAAAUCUGAAGGUUAGGGUGAGUGGCUUCUGGGCCAGUGUCAUCUUUACUUUUUCCCCUCACACUUUGAGAGCUGGACUUGAAGACAAGGCUUCACAUUGUGGCACCACUGAAGGGGUACAUCAUGGGUUCAGAUGAGGCCUACAACUUUGUCUUUAAGGUGGUUCUGAUAGGUGAGUCCGGUGUUGGCAAGAGCAACCUGCUCUCCCGCUUCACCAAGAACGAGUUCAACCACGACAGCCGCACCACCAUCGGGGUGGAGUUCAGCACACGUACAAUUCAGCUGAAAGGUCUCAUCAUCAAGGCUCAAAUCUGGGACACGGCUGGGCUGGAGCGGUACAGGGCCAUCACCUCCGCUUAUUAUAGAGGAGCUGUCGGAGCGCUACUGGUCUAUGACAUCACCAAGCAUCUGACCUAUGAGAGUGUGGAGCGCUGGCUGAAGGAGCUCUAUGACCAUGCAGACCCUCACAUCGUAGUCAUGCUGGUGGGCAACAAAACUGAUCUAGGGUCAGAGCGAUCAGUGCCAACUGAGGAGGCCAAGGACUUUGCAGAAAAGAAUGGCCUAUUGUUCUUAGAGACAUCAGCCUUGGAGUCCACAAACGUUGAGACGGCAUUCCACAAUGUCCUUGGAGAGAUCCACAGGAAGGUGAGCAGUAAAGAGGUGACCCGGGGGUCCAUUAGUGCCGUGUCUCUGGCCAGCCCCAUCCCCAGAGCUGCAGGCGACCCUGAAGAGAAGAAGCCCUGCUGUAGAAACCUCUGAUGGGACAAACCACCCAGUGAGGGAGGGGGGAGAGGGACAAAAAGGAUGACUAUGGAGCUGCCUGCCCCACCCACCCCCAUUAUGACCCCAUGUGGUAUAGAGCACUCCAUCUUCCUCUAGUUAGUGUGCCCAAAUGGUGUAUGCCUUAUUGAAAAGAAUGAUGCUGAGCAAAGACCACUCUGAUGUGACACAGUUUCAUGGUGGCAGACAUAAUGAGUUUUCCAUUCCUAAAGAUUAUGUAAUGUGUAUGUACAUGGCUGGAGGUCCAUGGUCCAUUUUUUCCCAAAGAAUCCAGCAAAUGGUUUGAAUAUAAACAAAAUAUAUAUAAAAAAAUAUUUUGUGUAAACUUCUAAGAUUCAACUUUGCUUGGAAGGAGAAAUGUUUUUAGAAAGAAAGGUAGUCAACUGAUGUACAAUUUGUAUUUUUUUGUGAUUGUGAGGUUGGACAACAGGUGCCAAAACCAUGUUUCAGCAUUUUACACAAAGCUUGAUUAAUUAAAUUGUCUGUCACUGUU